GGGAACUCAAUCAGUACCAACCACAACCAGGAUCACUCCCUCCCUUCAACAUCUGCUCUCCUUUCCAGAACCGCUGAGGACCAAAAGAAUCGAUUCACUUGGGAUCAACAAUCUCAACAGAUGUGAAUUAUGGAAGUUGCUGUGACAUCAUCAGAUGAACGUCCAUGGUGGAGUGAUCUAGUAGAUUAUUUACCUGAUUACUAUGGCAACGAUUCGUUUUAUGAAGACAACAGUUACGAGGAUGGUGAUGUUUGUGACCUGACCAAGAGUAUUAAUUUUGAGGCGGUGUUCAUCCCAGUUCUGUACUCAGUGGUGUUUGUUGUUGGAAUCCUGGGAAAUGGAUUGUUGAUAUCCGUGCUAAUGAAGAACAGGAAGACCUGGAGCGUGACAGACACCUUCAUCCUUCACCUGGCUUUGGCGGAUGUCCUGCUGCUGUUGCUGCUGCCUCUCUGGGCUGUACAGUCUGCAAGCCUGGCUGGAUGGCCCUUUGGCACCCAGCUCUGCAAGAUCACUGGAGCUGUUUUUACAGUCAGCUUGUAUUGUGGGAUUUUCCUCCUUGCUUGCAUCAGUGUGGACCGCUACUUUUUCAUUGUCCAUUCUACCAAGAUGUACACUCGCAGGAAGCCCGGGGUGGUUCAAGCCAGCUGCUUGGUGGUGUGGUUAGUCUCCCUUAUCCUCUCCAUCCCUGACUGGUACUUUUUAGAAGCCGUGGAAGAUGUCAGACGAAGCAGAACAGAGUGUGUUCAUAACUACCUUAAGAUUAGUCCAGAAUAUUUCUAUAUCUUGAGAAUGGCAGCCCGGUGGCUGUACCACACAAUGGGCUUCCUACUUCCUUCAUUUGUUUUGAUCUUUUGCUACUCCUGCAUUCUGUUGCAGCUGGGAUGUGGCACCAAAGGCCUUCAAAAGCAGAGAGCUUUCAAAGUCAUAAUAGCUGUGGUAGCUGUUUUCUUUCUCUGCUGGACUCCACUGAAUAUCACGCUCCUUGUGGACACAAUUCACCAAAACAACGACAAUGGAAUAGCAUGUGGAACAAGAACAUCUCUGCAGAUAGCUCGGCUUGUGUCUGAGAGUUUGGGAUACCUUCACUGCAGCCUUAAUCCUAUCCUGUAUGCCUUCAUAGGUCUGAAGUUCCAACAUCAGCUGCUGAAUAUCCUGAGGUCUAUGGGCUGCAAACUGAAGACAAGUUUAAAAUCUGAAUCUUCCUUUUGGUCUGAGUCAGCUGACGCUUCCAACUCCAUUGAAAUCUGAAAGACUACAUUGAGGAGCUUCAAUGUACUCAUCAGAGGCAUAAUAUAAUAACUUUUACCAUUUUUGUCUAAAGGAAUAGCCAAAUAUUUGAUGAUCCUGAUCUGUUGGAGUUAAGAUGUGUCUAAAGGUUGCAGCCAGACAGUAGCUCUUGAAGACUCGACUUGAGCACCACUGCCUUACAGCUUCUAGUCAAGAACUAUGCUGUGAAACUAAAAAAGCAUUUUUGCUCAGUCAUAUUAAACCUCCUGUUUUCCUUUCAUUAUGUAGAAAAAUUUAUUGGUUGCGAUCACAUGUACAUAUUUUUCAUUUACUCCAAUGUUAUUUCUUUUACAGCUUGCAUAUUUAUACUUUGUCUUUAUGUUGCAAAGGGUUGAAAACCAAAGUCAAAAUUCUUGUUUGUUUAUACAAUCUAGGUGAGUAGAGCUGAUUCUGAUUCUAAUUUUCUAUUUCUAAAAUUUUACAAACAAGACACAUCUGCUCCAAAAAUGGUUUCACAAAGGAAAAGGAAUCUCUUUCUCUCUACUGGUGCAGGCUGCACAAAUUAAAACAAGGGAUUUCACUUUGAGAUUUAAGAGGAUUUAUCUCUCAUAUGAUGCAAGACAGAAAGAAAGCUAAUGACAAAUUGUCUCAAGCAGAAAUCAAAUCACACUGAACCAGAUACUUUUUAUCACAGUUUCUGUUUGUGGUGAAUAAAUUGCUUCUGUUAAAUUUUGUAAGCAGAUAAAAUAAUAAUAAAAAAAACACAUUUAUUAUACAGUUUUUGUUUGCUAGUACCAGUCCCUCAAAGACAAAAUGAUUUUUAUUUUUAAAACAAACUGCUCUUAUGACUCAUUUACGGAUAUCAAUAUGCAGUGUAACUUUUAUUAUGUUUCAUUUUCUACAGUCUAAAGUAAAUAAAUUUUGAAAUAUGGACAUAAGCCAAUCUGUUUUUCUGAACUAUGAAUGUUUUCAAGAAGAGAAACUUUGGCUCAGUUGCAGAGUGAAGAUGAUGGAACGCUUUUUGAAAAUCAGUUUCAGACGUGGAGCUGUUUGGAUCAUUCUUAAUUCAUUCCACAUUUUUUAUCUGGAGUUCAAGUUCACCAGCAGCCAGACUGUAAGAUAGACAGAGAGAGAGAGAGAGAGAGAGAGAGAGAGAGAGAGAGAGAGAGAGAGAGAGCACAGCCAGCAUUAGUUCUUAGAAAAACAUCGGUUGAAUCGGUUUUAUUAUGUAUGUCUACUAAGCAUUUAGAAUCAUCCACAAACAUCUCACUGUUUAUUUUAGACGUAUUUAGUAAUAAAUGUAUGUGUGAGAAAAUUUCAAAAAAUUUGACACUUCAAGUAUGUAUUGCGUCUUAAAAAGUUGAAAGAAUAGAAAAGUAUUAAAAUAAUAUAUUCAUUUAAAAGAACAUUCAUGUUUCAUGUAAUCCUUGAUAUUGUGGUUUUUGUGUUCAUUGAAAGUGAAGAUGGUUAACAGUUUGAUGUCAGAGAUAUGGAAGAAUUACACCACUUUGUAUUUUUUUAUCUCUUUUUUGAAUAAAAAAGUUUUACAUUGGA